UAAAACGGAGCGAGUCUUUGUCAUAUAAGAAUUUCAUCCUAUUUAGUUAGUCCCAGUACGCCUCUCUAAGAUUCCCUACGUUUACAUCACACAUCUAGUCCCAUCCAAUAGAUCAAGUUUGUCGUCAUUCUUUUACCAUCAGUUUCUAAACAACCAUCCAACAUAUUUUACGUCCUGGGUGAAGUGAUAAGCUUUAUGACGAAUCAAUCGUGGAAUAUAAGUAUUCACAAGUGAUUUUAUUAGAUAAGAAAGAAAACCCGUAUAUUGGCGAAAGAACUUUGGCAGUUCAUGCGUCAUGCGCAUUGCGUAUUUGAAAGGAUAUCAAGGUGUACGAUUAUUUCGUUCAUAAGCAAUGUGCUAGCAUGAGAGAAUAAUAUUUAUCACCUGUUUGGUGGUUGUCGCCCCAGAGUGCAUUAGUAGAGUUUGUCGUCAUGGAAAUGUUACUUCGUACACAGUUGGUUCAAUAGAUUGUACUUAGAAGCUUCGGAGCGCUAGUCAAGUACGUGGAUUAGAAUUCUUCACCAAAAUGUUACCAGUUGAUUCACGUAUGAUAUUCAAAUUGUUCAACUUCUUCUACCUGAUAACGAGACCCUUCUUGAAGUGGAUCUUGCAUCGUUUCACCAAUCUGUGCGAAUUGCAACGGAUUUGCUAUGGCUGUGCUCCGGGUGCGCUACGAACCAAGAAGGUUCAAACUUCGCUGGAACUGUCCAGAAGACCGAGAAUCAAGCAGAUGAUUUUGAUUCUGAACGAACUAGUCAACCGGGAUGUCGACGAGUACUUCCUCAUGGAAGAGGUGCACACCCGAGCAGUGGGAACGGUGCUUCAGGUGAAGAAAAUUAAUCCUAAGGUGCACGUUGAUUUCCCGAGGACGUUCGGAGUUUGUGCAGAGAAAAUUUGGAGCUACAAGAGGCUUUGCUGUUUGGUGGAGCAACUUAGGAGCACGCAGUAUGAUGCUGAGAAUCCUGAUCACGAACAAAAGUUGCUUAUGUUGUGGAAGCUAUUGAUGGGCGACGAGGAACCGUUAGAAAAUAGAAUUUCGAACCAAUGGCAGGACAUUGGAUUCCAGGGAGACGACCCGAAGACCGACUUCCGCGGUAUGGGCAUCCUCGGGCUGGAAAAUCUGGUCUUCUUCGCCCGCGAGUACAACGGAGCUGCGCGGCAUCUGCUAUCGCACUCACACCAUCCAACGCACGGUUACUUCAUGGCUAUCGUUGGCAUCAACCUCACAUCCAUGGCUUAUCACUUGCUUAGAUCCGGAGUGGCGCGGACGCACUUCUACAAUCAGCCCCGAUUAUCGGUCGAAACGUUUCAUCACUUUUAUUGCUAUUUAUUUUUCGAGUUCGAUCGAUACUGGGUGGAAUGCAAGCCAAAGAGCAUUAUGGAUUUCAGCUGGAUACAGAAAAAGUUUGAGGAAAAUAUCCGCAAAUUGCUCGCUAACGAUAGUUGCUGCUUUAAAAUGAACUUGCUAGUUGAAAAUAUUUAACAGCUUUCCGGGCUUUAGGUUAUGAAGAUUGAAAUUAGGAUUUAUAGAAAAGUGUGAUUUAGUUUAUGUUGUCUGCAAUUAUAAAAAUUAUCAAUAAAGUGAA